UUCAAAUCUCAAUUUAUUCAAGCCCAGAAGAAAAAAACCAUCCUUUGGACCGACUUUAUUCAGAUCAUGUUCCUGGCAAAUCAUGGAGCAGAACAAUAUAGCAGAGCCUCUAGCCCCAGUUGAACUCAAUCAAGAUUGUCUUUUGGAGAUCCUCUCAUGGCUCCCUGCCAAGAGCAUAUGUAAACUCAGAUGUUUGAACAAAAGUACCUCUGACCACUACUUUGAUCAUCUCCUCCAAAAACUCCAGACACUUCGCGCAAGAACUGAUUCCGGGAUCUUUGUUCACACUGGUUCGUCCUUCUCUUCCUUUAAAGAGUUCUUUCUCAGCAGCUCUUCCGGUGUCCCUCCCGAGUCCAUAGAGUUUAUGCUCAAGAAAAGCAGAAAAAUUGUUGCAUCUUCCAAUGGACUUAUAGUGUUCCAAACAAAUUGUUCCAGUACAUCAUCUAUGGGUGAUCUUUGUGUGUUCAAUCCCGUGCUGCGGACUCUUGCUCCAAUUUCCUCUCCUCCAGACGUCUCAUUGGUUGACGAGCCAAGGAUCAGUGUAACUUGUACAAGCACCAAUGAUGGCCUGGAAUACAACAUCAUAUUGGUGACGAUGAAGCCUGGUGAGCACCCUUAUGAAUGGAGAACUAUCUUGGAAUGCCGCUGCUAUUCAUCCAAAAACAUGUCAUGGGAGUACCUCAAAGCCAUUGAUGAUUUGGGACGUAGAGGUAUCAAUUUUGAGAAUCCAGUUUUCGUGAGCGGAUCCAUCUUCUGGGCUUCAGACACCGGGAGUUAUAUGAGGAACACUGAUCCUUACAUUCUUGUGUUUGAUGUUGAAAAAAGGACGUCGGAGUUUAUGUCCUUGCCUGAAGAAGCUCAGAAAAUUAGCAUUGAUAAUUAUAAGAUACAAGUCGCGCCAUGGACAGACAAAUCUCUGUGCCUGAUUCAAUAUAUAAAAUCAAGAGCAGUGGUAAUAUGGGUGAUGGAGUCUCCGGUUUCGCGAGGUUCAUGGAUGAAAGUUCAUGAGGUGGACUUGGUGAGUUUAGGGCUGGGUGAUGUACAUCAAACUCUAGACAGCUUCACAAUUAUCAACAGUAAGCUACUUGUGUUCACCAUUGAAGAUUGUUUGUAUACCUAUAGUUUAAAAGACAAGCAGAUGAGCAAACUAGGAGAACAUAACCAAGGUUUAUACCCCCAGCUUAGGCCCUAUGCCAAUACUUUCCAUCCAUGUGGCAAAUUUGAAAACAAGUAGUCUCUGAAGAAUUUGGUUUGGCUUAUAUCAGUCAUAACCAAAAAAAAAAAAGUGUGCAUGUGUCAGCAUUUGAUUUUGCAGAAAUCUUGAUUAUUCAUGAGCAAUGCAAUUAGUUCUAUUUCAAAUUUUCAAUGUUGUAUUUUCUAAUUAAAUGAUUGUCAUUUGAGAUAUUA